GUUUUUUUUGCCCAGAUGUUAAAGCUUCCAAAUUCUGUCUCGAAUGGUUGAAAAAUUGAAUUUUUUCCAAUGCUGCUAUUUUUAUUCCCAAUUUAAAAAAAAUGUGCUCUUUGAUCGGCUCGAAAGCUGCAAUGGAACCACCCGGCAGAUGGGUAACGGACAAGAUCGGGUCGGAUUCGGGUCAAAACCCUAACCCCAAACCCAUGACAGCCUAAAUUGGAAAAUUCAACAAGAAGCAAGCAUGGAGAGAAAAGAAAGCUCAAAGUUAAAUAUAGCAAUUAUCCAUCCUGAUCUUGGAAUAGGUGGAGCGGAAAGGUUAAUCGUUGACGCCGCUGUCGAACUCUCGUCGAACGGUCAUAAUGUUCAUAUAUUUACAUCACACCAUGACAAAAGUCGUUGCUUUGAGGAAACUGUUUCUGGUAUUUUUCCAGUUACAGUGUACGGAUCUUUCCUACCUCGGCAUAUUUUUUAUCGUCUCCAUGCAGUGUGUGCGUAUCUGCGGUGUAUCUUUGUUGCUCUUUGUGUUUUAUUUUUCCAUCCUUCUUUCGAUAUUAUACUUGCGGAUCAGGUCUCGGUCGUUGUUCCACUGAUGAAGUUGAAAAAACAAUCCAAGGUUGUAUUCUACUGCCAUUUUCCAGACAUGUUGCUAGCUCAACACACGACCAUACUUAGGAGAAUUUAUCGGAAACCGAUAGACUUUCUAGAAGAAAUAACAACAGGUAUGGCUGAUUUAAUUCUCGUAAACAGCAAAUUUACUGCGUCAACUUUUGCGAAGACUUUCGAUCGUUUAAACUCACGAGGGGUUAGACCGGCAGUGCUUUAUCCAGCUGUCAACGUUGACCAGUUUGACGAACCGAACUCAACCAAGCAGAGUUUUCUGUCCAUCAAUCGUUUCGAAAGGAAAAAGAAUAUAGAGUUAGCUAUAUCUGCCUUCGCUAUGCUUUAUAAAAGCCAACACGAUUUUCUUGAAAGUGACGACAAAAAUGAUAUUUCCUUGAUCGUUGCAGGUGGCUUCGAUAAACGGCUCAGAGAGAAUGUCGAGUAUUUAGAGGAAUUAAAAAACUUAGCAAAACGUGAAGGCGUAUCCAAUCAAGUCCGAUUCAUCACAUCUUGUCCAACAUCCGAGAGAAACACUCUUAUUUCCGAAUGCCUUUGUGUAAUUUACACUCCCACGGACGAGCAUUUUGGUAUUGUACCUAUAGAAGCAAUGGCAGCCCACAAGCCCGUAAUUGCAUGCAAUAGCGGGGGCCCGGUCGAGAGUAUAAAGAAUGGAGUAACGGGCUAUCUUUGUGAACCUAACCCUAAAGACUUCUCUACAGCUAUGGCUAAGUUUAUUAUUGAUCCUCAAUUGACGAAAACUAUGGGCAGAGAAGCUCGUGAGCAUGUGGUGCAGUCGUUUUCUACUAAAAUAUUUGGCGAGCAUUUGAAUUCGUACAUUGUUGAUAUUUCUCGGAGAAAGAGAGAUUGAAGAAGCGAAAGUUGACGUGACCGAUGACUAUAGAACAUCCUUAGUUAAAAUUAUACAAAAAAAGUCUUGCCUUAAUCAAUUCAUAUUUAAUUGAACUUUGAAGAUUAGUAUUUGGUUUUUUUUUUUUUUUUUUUCUUCUUUUUAAGUUUGUAGCUAAACAGGAAGAGAGAAAAGAGGUUUGUUGCUGUUGAUUGAAUGUGUGUUAUGUGUUCUCAUACUAUAGUGACUAGUGACGAUUAAGAUACGAGCCCGUUUGGCUAAGCUUAUUUUAAAUAACUCAUAAGCCGCUAACUUCUAUUUUUAGAAU